AGAAAUUAUAGACGAUCGAGAAAAAUAUAGAAAAUAGAGUAGAAUAAUCAUCGCCCGGAAAGGAGCCGUAAUGGCCUGUUUACGGACUGCUGGGGUUUCUCCGACGUGUUUCAGGCUCAGUCUUGGUCUCGCUUCUUCGGAGAAAAAGGAACAGAUAUCGAAAAUGUCUCUCACCGGCGUGAAAAUGUCGGAAGACGUUUGGUUAACUUGUGUUACUCAUGCAUUGUCCACUGAGACUGAAGAGAUCAUGGGCCUUCUCCUGGGCGAUAUCGAGCAUUCAAAAAAUGGGAAUGUGACAGCGUUAAUAUGGGGAGCAUCUCCACAAACAAGGUCUGAUCGACGAAAGGACCGAGUAGAGACUAACCCUGAACAGUUGGCUGCUGCAUCUGCUCUAGCUGAGAGAAUGACCAUAUCAACUGGUAGAACAACGAGGGUGAUUGGUUGGUACCAUUCACAUCCUCAUAUCACGGUUCUUCCUUCCCAUGUUGAUGUGCGAACUCAGGGGAUGUAUCAACUUCUUGAUUCUGGGUUUAUUGGAUUGAUAUUUUCUUGUUACAGUGAAGAUGCAAGCAAGGUUGGAAGAAUUCAAGUAAUUGCUUUCCAGUCAUCUGACGGGAAGCAGAGUCAAAUUUCAAGGCCUAUACCUGCAUCUCCUGUGAAUAGAAGCUCUGUUAUUGAUCUUGAUCCAUCUCCAAGUUCCUCUGAGAAUGUGUCAAUAAAAUCUGGUUCCUUCAAGGCAGAGAGUCCAGAUCAGGAUACUGGUGAUUCAAAGAUUACUGGAGCUAAUAAGGGUGGGGGAAGAUCUUCGGACUUGGGGAAUUUCUUUGCUAAUGCUGAUGCUGCCAGUUAUCAAGGGAGAGAAAAAAGUGGAGGAAACUACAAUUCCAACAUUUUGGACAACGCCACUGUUGAUGUCGAUCCUAUGGAUAUGUCAGAAAGUAUGCAGGAAGCCAUGCAUCGCAGCUCUUGAUAUUGAGACCUCAAAUGGUUUUUGUUUGAUAACAGUGGUGCAGAAUAUGUAAGAAAAGAAAUCCCUCUUUAUGUUUUGCCGACUACAUCCCUUACAAACAUUGAUUCCCCACUAUCAUCAUAUACGGAACUGCAACAUGUACUAUUUGAAGAGGAGCGUACUGCAUAUAACCAGGCCAUUUUACAAAACAUGAGGGAUGGGAAGGUGCAUCCUCUUACUUUCAUACACCACACUUCUACGUACCAGGCUUCAUUGUGCAAGUUGAUUGAAUAUUGUCUAAGCCCUGCAAUGCAAGCACUACAAGAUCGAUUGAGAGAAAAUGAAAUUCGGUAUAUACUGAUUUCUUAA